ACCAGCACGGUGCAGCUCCAGGUAGAAUCGUCUGUAAUCCUGCAGCUGUUUACAAUGGCCGUCUCCAGCCUGCAGUACACCAUGGGCAUCUCCAGUGGCUUCAAAGUCUACAUCCUAGAAGGGCAGCACAGCGCACGCAACGUGGAUCGCUACCGUCCAUUAACCAACCAUGGAAUACCCAUCUACCCCAUCAAGCGCAAACUGAGCCCAGAUCCUUCACAACCUCAGAAGAGACUUUGUUCUUCCAGCCACCAGAACAGGGAAAAGUCUUCCCAUACCCCAGUGACUAUGAAGUGUGCAGCAAGACAGCCUUCAGCAGCACCACCCAGGAGUCCUAAAGUCUUGGCCACUCAUGUGGACCUGAAAAAUGUUCUGAAAAGGUUAAUACCCGAGCAGAGACUCUUGGAAAGGAAGGAAAACCAACAAACAGAAGAACAGCCUCUAGCUUUGGUCAAAAGAUUGGAAAAGCCAAGCGAGCAACCAAUGCUGACUUCAGCCAUGCUGCAACAGAUGAGACCUUCUGUAAUCACCUGCAUAUCCAGACCUAAAACAAGUCCACCUCCAACUGUAGACAACAAGACAACAAGCCCUGUCCAAGACUCAAGGACACAAUGGUCACCCAGGACAUGCUCUCCUGAAGUAGAAGAACAUUUCCAAAGAAGUCUCAACUCCUGCACCACUCAAAAAAGUGUCCGUUCCCCUCCAUCUCAUUCCUCUUACAGCUCAGUAGAAGACCAUUUCUCCAAAGCCCUGGGCUCUAGGUGGCUCUUAAUUCGAGCAGCAGCAGACUCCCCAUCUUCUCAAGAGAACCCAACCAGACGUUAGCACCGACCUCUGGACUUUUAUUGGAUCUGCGACACUUACGUUUAGUGGCCACUGCCGAAGGACUUGAGAUUAUAGACUCUCUUUCCACAUUUGUAAUAUAUAUUUAUUGAUAUUUUAUCAUUGUCUCCAUUUGAAAUGGAAUUUUGAAGAAUUUGGGGUGCAGGUUAUCACUGGAGGGGAGUUGGGGUCUCAGGGUGGUCGGGGUUUACCUUUAAUGUGUAUAUUCUGGAUCACUGU